AUGGAAAAUCUACUAUCUCUCGCCUUUGACAACCUGUCCUCCUACGACGGCCCCAAAGUCCGCAAGGGCCUGCGCCAGGUCGAGGGUCUGCUGGCGCAAAUCUGCCUGUCCUCGUCCGGCGGUCGCGACGAGGCCGAGAGUGACGGCUACCACAACGGCGAUGAGGGGGAGGAUGAGGCGCCCGCUUCGCCGCCGCGUAAGGACCUCGGCCAGCUCGCGCAGGACCCGGCCUUUCGCGAGUUCUUCAAGCUGCAGGAGGGCUUCGAGUGGAACGUCGGCCUGCGUCUCAUCAGCACGCUCGACCGGCUCAUGGCCAAGGGCGGCGACGGCCAGAACGACCUGCUCAUCCUCAGCGCGCUGGACCUCCUGCAGGGCGCGAUGCUGCUGCACCCGCCCACCAAGGGCCUCUUUCAGCCCCCCCCCUCCUGUUCCCCCUUGGGCAAAAGUCUAACCUUGUCAACGUUUCAGCUCCUGCUGGACCUCUUGGAGCCGUUCAACUGCCCGGCCAUCCAGUCCGCCACGCUGCUCACGCUCGUCGUCGCGCUCAUCGACGUCCCCGCCAACACGCGCGUCUUCGAGGCGCUCGACGGCCUGCUGACGGUCACCUCGCUGUUCAAGGCGCGCGCCACGUCGCGCGAGGUCAAGCUGAAGCUGGUCGAGUUCCUGUACUUCUACCUGAUGCCGGAGACGCCGUCGAUCCCGCGGGCGGAGCGCCGCGACUCGCUACCGGAUAUGCUCCAGCGCAGCCCGAGCAAGCUCGCGGGGGCGUUUGGCGGCGGCGCUGCGCGCGGGGGGGACAGGCGCGCGCUGGUGGCGGGCACGCUGGCGACGGCGGAGAAGCAGCAGCUGCUGAGCAGGUAUCUGAGCAACGUGGAGGACCUGGUGAGGGACCUCCGCACGUGCGCGCCUUUUGGCGGCGUGGUGGCGUGA